CGCUAUAUAAACAAUGUAAAAACUUACUCUCUAUUUACUAGUAAUAACAAACGUUGAGUGUAACAAAUUCUUUUUUAACUCGAGAGUGUUGGUGCGAAUAGACACAACGUAGAUCAAAAUGACUCUUAAAGUAACAUCGAAGCAGAAGAAAAGCAUAAAGCCAUCGGUGGAACAAAUGGAUGAGUUUAUUUUAAAAAGAAAAGGCGGUGGAAGCAUAAUCGAUCAGAAACCUUUGUUUUCCGGUGAUGGAGAAACUCUGUACGUCGUAUGGAAGCAUGCCAUCAGAGCUUACAGUACCACGACAUCUGACUUUGUUAAAGAAUUCGAAUUGGCUGAUCAUAAAAUUAUUGGCAUAACUUUGUCACCUGAAAAUUCAAGUACUCUUAUAGGCUGUACAGACAAUGGAGAACUCAUUUAUUGGAACUGUCAUAAUGGCCUCAUCACCAUGAAAACAAAAUGUUCGAUAUCCAAGUGUAAAGAUGAUGUCACAAAGAAGAUCAAAACAUUCCACAUAGUCAAUUACACAGCAGAUUCAAAAAAAUCUGUGUUGAAUGCUUGUAUAAGCUCUAUUACGAAAAGAAAAAAACAUAUUACUUUAUCUGUUGAAUUAUUUGAUUUAAAAAUUGGAGAUGUGGUUUUGAGAAGAGACAUAGAACAUUUUAAUGAAGAUUACUGCAUUGACAUUGUUGGAAAUUAUGGAGAAAAUCUUAUAUGCAUUGGACAAGAAAGUUUUUUGUACAUAUUCAGUCCAUUGCACAAACUGUCGUAUAAUCGUCAAAAAGCUGGGAGAAAAAUAACAUGUAUCUGUGGACAUCCAGAAGAAGAAUCCGUUGCUACUGGAGACAUAAGUGGUAGAGUGCUUGUUUGGAGAAAUAUUUCUCAACUCAAUACAGUUAGGGCAACAUAUCAUUGGCAUACGUUGCCAGUUACAGACAUUACUUUUAGCAAAUCUGGUGGUUAUAUGUACACUGGUGGUGAUGAAUGUGUACUUGUCAAAUGGUUAUUAGCAAAUCCAGAAAAUAAGUCAUUUUUACCUCGAUUACCUGCCGCUAUAAGGCAUCUUACUAUAGCUCCGGAAAAUAUUUACAUAGCAGUGUCUACUGCUGACAAUGGUAUAACAAUUGUAAAUUCUGAAAAAAAGUUAAUAGCAGUAAUUCAAAACUUCACUUGGGGCGUCAGUAGUUCUUCCAAAGGUCCUUUCCCAGCUGGUCUUCAUGUCGAUCCAAGAACUAAUAGUCUUGUUUUAAACAGCAGAACUGGUCACAUCCAGUUUUUCAACACUCAUACCAAAAGCUUACUCUACAAUAUGAAUAUAACUGACCAGAAUAUUAUAACACGAGAAAGAAACACAACACUGACAAAUACUGAAGUUAUAAAAGUGGCUAUUAAUGUGAAUGGAUCGUGGUUGGCAACAAUAGAAGAAUGGAAAGAUGAUAGUAUAUCACAUUUUGAAAUAAGACUUAAAUUUUGGAAGUAUAAUGUGUCAAAACAAUGCUUUACUUUAAAUACAUCUAUUGAAUAUCCUCACGAAGUUGGCGUAAAUGCACUCAAAUUCAGACCAAAAUCUUCACUAGGAAACGACGAAGAGUAUGCUAUCAGUGUUGGGCAAGAUGAGAAAUUCAAGCUUUGGUACCUUACCGAUUCAGAAUACAAUGAAUCUAAACACUGGAGAUGUCACAGUUUUGGAUUUUAUCGAAAACUUCCAGCACUAGAUGCAGGAUUUUCCACCGACGGUUCCCUUGUAGGUGUUAGUUUUGAUUCUACCUUGACACUCUGGGAUCCAGAAACUAACGAGUUAAAAAACAGCUUGAGCUACUGUUUGUACCCACAGCCAAUAACUCGAGUUGAAUUUGGAAAGCAAGAAGCCUGCCAUCUAGUAGUUACAGCUUCUGCAGAACAUUUGGCAGUUUGGGAUCUUUUUUCGUUGUCAGUCAAGUGGAGUGUUCCUAUCAAUGUUACUACGUUGACUGCUGAUCCUCUAUCCGUUUACAUGGCUGUUUUUACCAUCGAAAAUACGCUAAUUGUAUUUUCACCGAGAGGUACAGAAAUUGUGUACAAAAGAGAGAAGGUAGUGGAAAAUGACGAUUCAAUUUUAGACGCUUGCUUCGUGCCUAAUAUCCAAGCUAACGAAAACGCAAAGUGGCAAAGCAAGUCAUCGUUAUACUUUAUUAAUUCGUCACAAGAACUGUUGGCAUUGGAAACAAAAUCUGAGUCCAGUAUAGCUUUGGAAAAUUUGUCAGUGAACCGCGAUUUACCCAUAACUGCGUUCAGUCGUAUCCUGCCUGCAGAAAAAAUAUCAAACGUGGAGAAAUCAAUAUCUUACGUUCAUGACUACCUGAAAACGACCAACAAGGGAAUCGGGGAAAUGCUUCUCACGACUCCGGCCCACACGUUGCCGCCCAUGAGAAUGCUCUGCAUGCCGUACUUGCUAGCUCUCGUAGGAAAAUAUAACAGAGAUGGGGAUACUCAAGCUGAGCCGUCCAGGUCUGCCGUGGCAAACGCAGUCGAUGAAGAUUCGGAUAGUGACGACGAAAAAACAUCGGAUCCUCAGCCAAAAGAUGACGUUUCCGGGGCCAAAGACAAAACCGUGGAUACCGAUAAACAGGAUGCUGAUGAUAUGGAAAAGCUGAUGGAUUACGACUGGGAUUUCUUGAAAACAGUGCUGCCGGUGAACAAUGAAAUCACGACAAAGUAAUUUUAAAUAAAAC